AUGGUGCUGGAGAAGAAAGGUUCCGGUGAGUUUCGCUCAUUUUUGUCCAAAUUCUUCAUUAAAACCAGAAUAAGCUCCUUUAUAAAGAACAGAAGGUGAUAAAUUAAAGUUUAUUAAGUCUAAACGCGGAUCAAGUUUUUAUCUGUUCGCUGUAUUUCUACGUUUUUACAGAGUGUUAGUUAAAAUAUCACUGAAUAAAAGUCCAUCUGGAUAAUUCACUCUCUAAUCAGCUGUUUGUUACUCUAAUUAAACGUUGAUCAGAAGUUGUUAUAAUUCGGCUUAAUGAUGAUUUCUCAUAGAGACACUGUGAUAAAUCAGUCCCUGAGCUCACAGGGAAACUCCGCUUUAUUUCAGGCUGAUGAUUCUGGAGAAAUUUCGGUUUUUCUGAUAAAAUUAAAGAUUUAUUUUCCACUAAAUUAACGCCGAAUUCUCCAGGAGAUCAAACCAGACCGUUUAUAGACACCGAAAACCAACAUAAAACUUCAUCUGAUCAAUAAAAGUGACGGACAUGAGAAAACAGUGAGUUUGAUAAUGAGGUUUGGAUAGAAGAGAAAGAGCGCGUCAAAAAAGAAAAACGAUUCUUGUGUUUCUCUCUCUCUCUCUCUCUCUCUCUCUCUCCCUCUCUCUCUCUCCCUCUCUCCCUCUCUCUCUCUCUCUCUCUCUCUCUCUCUCUCUCUCUCUCUCUCUCUCUCUCUCUCUCUCUCUCUCUCUCUCUCCCUCUCAGCCCGGGUGGAGGCGGGUCAGCGCCGAGUUCUGGAUGAAGCGACCCGACAGAGGAGACUGACCCGUCAGCUGGAAGCUCUAGAGAAAGACAACUUCCAGGUGAGUCAGUGUGAGUCAAAAAUGGACGCCGUCUGCCUCCUCACCCUGAGGACAACGCCCUCUGGUGACGGUCUGCAGUAUAGCUCAUAAACCCCGCCUCCUCCAGCAUUCAUGUUUUCUAUGAUUGACACCUGAUACAGCCUAUGGGAGCACAGAGAUUGAGUUGCUCACCCGGGAGAUUCGCUGUUAGAGCCGAGCGCCAUCACAGCGACUCUCUCGCCGAAUACUUACAACGCUACUGCGUAAUGUCGGUGUCAGGAAGUGGAGCAAAAACGCAGAAUUACCGAGAACUUUUUCAGCUUCAAAUCUGUAAACUGGAGGAAGGAGGAACAGAGGAGUCCAGAGUAAAUACAGUCUGUGGUCUCCACACUGACCUCUGCAGGCCAGUGUCAGAAUUACAGCCUAAAAAUACGCUGCGUCCGAGUUUUCUCGAAGUCGGAAGUCCGAGCUGAAAAUGACGUCACACCUGAGUGACGAGACGGCUUCAUCUAUUAAAGUUACUCUAGCGCUUGUCUUGUCCGAAUAUAAGACGAGUGCUAGAGUAACUUUCGCUGACGUAGCCAUCUUGUUUCCACCUCCGAUUUUUCUUUUUUUUCCGACUUGGAAACUGAAACAAUGGGAACUCGGGUGCGACUUCAUUUUCAGCUCCGAUCUCUGACUUCUGAGGAAACUGGAACGCAGAAAUAGUCGUAGUAGAAUCAUCGGUUUGUUUUUGUACAUCAGAAAAAAAAGAUCCAAACUCCAGAAAGUCGUCUUGUUGUUGUUGUUGUUGUUGUUUCUGUCGUUAACGUUGUUGUUUUUGUUGUUGUUGUUAACGUUGUUUUUGUUAACGUUGUUUUUGUUUUUUAUGUUGUUGAUGUUAAUGUUGUUGUUGUCGUCUUUGUUGUUGUUGUUGUUGUUGUUUCUGUCGUUAACGUUGUUGUUGUUAACGUUGUUGUUGUUAACGUUGUUUUUGUUGUUGUUGUUGUUGUUGGUUAUGUUGUUGUUGUCUUUGUUCUUGUUGUUAACGUUGUUGUUAACGUUGUUGUUGUUGUUGUUGUUGUUUUUGUUUUGUUGUUGUUGUUGUUAACGUUGUUGUUGUCGUUGUUGUUUCUGUCGUUAAUGUUGUUGUUGUUGUUGUUGUUGUUAAUGUUGUUUUUGUUGUUGUUGUUGGUUUUGUUGUUGUUGUCUUUGUUCUUGUCGUUAACGUUGUUGUUGUUUUUUAUGUUGUUGUUGUUAACGUUGUUGUUGUUUUUUAUGUUGUUGUUGUUAACGUUGUUUUUGUUUUUUAUGUUGUUGUUGUUAACGUUGUUGUUGUCGUUGUUGUUUCUGUCGUUAAUGUUGUUGUUAACGUUGUUGUUGUCGUUGGUUUUGUUGUUGUUGUUAAUGUUGUUGUUGUUUCUGUCGUUAACAUUGUUGUUGUUUUUGUUGUUGUUGUUUUUAUUGUUGUAGUUGUUGUCUUUGUUCUUGUCGUUAAUGUUGUUGUUGUUUUUUAUGUUGUUGAUGUUAAUGUUGUUGUUGUUGUUGUUGUUUCUGUCGUUAACGUUUUUGUUGUUGUUGUUUCCAGGACGACCCUCUGUCCUCCCUCCCUCCCCCAGGUCCUACUGCCCGCCUGCCGGCCUUCAGUGAGACCGAGGAACCGGGUCAGAACUCUUUGACUCUCCUGCUUUCAUAGUUCUGCUGGAGCGCCGCUGUGGUCGGGUUUAAAGGUCGCUCUGUUCUUUUUUCUUUUGGUGCAGAGAAGAAGAAGAGGAAGACGAGGGGCGAUCACUUCAAACAGAGAUUCAGGAAGAACUUCACCACGCUGCUGGAGGAGGAGGUGAGUCUGACGCCUCCAUCCUGGGCUCUGAUUGGCUGAGGGGUUCGACCCUCCCAUCAGGGUUCAUCCUCCUCAGAAACCGAGAAGAACCAAAAUCCAGAAAGUCCAAAAAAGGUCAGCUGACUCCUGCUCUGCUCUCUGAUUGGUAGAACCUGUCAGAGAAGGCGGAGCCUAACUACCUGUCUGCUGUGGCCCCUCCCUCCUCUCUGCCUCCUCGCCACUUCUGCUGCGUCUGCGGGUUUCCCUCUCACUACACCUGCACCACCUGUGGGGGGCGCUACUGCAGCAGCAAGUGUCUGAUCACACACAGAGAAACCAGGUACACACACACACACACACACACACACACACACACACGUGUUUGUCUAUGUGUACAUUCAGAGACCUUUCAUCAGAAGCUUCAUUUCGGGGUCUCCUGAAACGUCCUCUCAUCUGUCCCCUCUGUCUCCACAGAUGCUUGAAGUGGACGCUGUAG